AUGAUAUCAGGUGACUUCACGUGCAAAAGUUCCAUCUCAAACACAUCCUGUACAUUUUCUAUGAGUGAAAAGAAUGGCAUGAAAAUUUGUCUAAAUCUUGGUAAAAAAUGCAAAGGAUUUACAUAUAAUCUUGGUCCCAACACUGUCACAUUGAAGAUGGGAGUUUUAGAUAAACCGAAAUUUACCCUGGGAGUUAUAACUGUUCUAAAGAACGAACAUAAAGAAAUUUUAGAUUUCGAAGAAGAAACUUGUGCUCCAAGAAUGGUAAGUGAUCUACAAUCUUUGCAGACAGAAAGUGUUGGGACACUUGUUCUGACAUGUGACAAAUAUUCCCCCUCCCCCUUUUACAAUGUUGUUUUUUCAUAACUAAACCUGGUCAAAUGGAAUAAAUUCAGUACGGUAAAAAUAAGUGAAGUGUCAGUGAAACAACAUUGAAAAGGGGGGUGGGGGACAUCACGGAAUGAGUUUAGAAUGCUAUUGCGGCACCCAUUCACUUGUGUAGUACAUAUUUUAGCAAGUGUCCAACUAAUUUCUGCAAUGAUUGUCCGAAAUCUUUGUCAAACUUGCUAAUUCAAUUAUGUAAUUUUCAGAAAUGAUUAAAUUAAGUGAAUAUUUUUAGAAUUUGUUAUUUUUCCAGGAAAGCCAAACAAAGUCAACUGAAGAUAAGAAAAAGAAUAAUAUUUGCAAUCUUCCCGUCAUUGAUCCAUUUGAUCCAACUGUGAUGAAAAUGAUCGAGAAAGUUCCCCCACUAGUGUGUAAAGGAGAAAAAAACUUGACUUUUUAUCAAAAUGGAUUAUUAAGAAUUACUCCAGGUUCGUGAUAUUUUCUACAGACAUAAAGAACAACAGGUGGCGUGAAGUGCAAACAAGCAAAAAUUUAAUCAAAUUGAUCAAACAUGGCGACGGUGCCUUAACCGAUCGGCGUUUUUAAGUGACCGAUUACAUCAAGUAUUACGCUCAGUUAUGUUACUUACAUACCCUAGAUUAUUUAUUUUUACAACAAUUUUGAUAUUGUUUGUGGAAACACCACGUAAAUUUAUUACUGCAAAGCUUUCGAUCCGUAAGCCCGGAUCUUCAUCAGUGCUAAUAAUAUGCGACUUGUUUAAUUCACACGCUCUUUUCAUAUACAAGAGUGUCGUGAUCUCACGACACUCUUGAUCACGACACUCUUGUAUAUAAAAAAGAGCGUGUGAAUUAAACAAGUCACAUAUUAUUAGCACUGAUGAAGAUCCGGGCUUACGGAUCGAAAGCUUUGCAGUAAUAAAUUUACGUGGUGUUUCCACAAACAAAAAACAAUUAUAUUUUAUCGCCAUGCAAACAUUCAAAGAAAUUUUGAUAUUACUUUCCUAACUAUGUUUAUCCUAACUCACCCUAUCAACUUCCCCUGUGGGAGGAAACUGGAGCACGCCCAGAGAAAACCCACGACUUUCGGCAUAGACAGACUCUUUUCAUACGUCCGUAGCGAGAAUGGAACCCACAAUCUCAGAAGUGAAAGCCCUGGCCACUGCACCAUCAAAGUCCCCUACACUGCAUAUAUCUGGAGUAAGAUUUUCAAUCAUUCGGCCGAUGCCAAAAAUGAAGCCAAGAAUCAAGAUGCCCGAAACUGGCGUCCAAAAUCUACGAAGGCCGUAAACAGUUUUAAUUUCUACCACACCACAAACACUGACACAGACAGAUAGGCAGAAAUACACACAAACGCGGAUGAAAGCAUAACCUCCUGGAGGAGGUAAUCAUGCAUUUUAGCUUUUUCUCAGUUUCCCAAGCAGCGCCAACAAAAACGUCCCCCGCUUAUUUAUAUCCUCUUUAUAUAUAUACAAGAUUAUGUAUAAAUUUAUUUGCUAACGUGACGCCGGCGCCAUUUUUUUUACAUUUUUAAAUAAUUUCUGACAUCCAGUCUCACUUUCGACAAAGGCGGCGCAGCAAAAUAAGAACGUUAACACUAUUUCCAUAUACUAUAUAGGUAAGAGUGUAAAGAAAGUUGACUAUCAAACUCUACGAAGAAAAAGUAAUUCUGGUCAAGGUUACGACGUUUUCCGAACAGGCACGUUGACGCCGUCGGAUCCCGAAGUGAAAUUAAACGAGGAUAUGGUAUAUCUUGAGAUCGAAACUGACAAUAGUGAUCAACAAAGAGAGUUCCAUCUUGAUGUACAGCCGCGUAAAGAGUAUGUAGAGCGCAUGGCAGAAUCCAAACCUGGAAUACCGCUGAACAUAAUGAUGGUCGGCCUGGAUUCUACGUCACAUGCUCAUUUCCAAAGAAAACUGGGUCCAGUGUAUAAGUAUUUAAAAGAAGAUCUGCAGUCGGUUAUAUUUAACGGACAUUCGAUAGUAGGUGACGGAACAACGGAAAACGUCGUAGGCAUGCUCGUUGGACGGCUUCUUGAUGAACUACCAGAAGCACGUGUAGGGUAAGUAGCACUGUUAUUCCUUGGGCUCUUACUUUGUCUGGUCCAAUCUCAAGUGCAUCCUAAAUUUUCCUAUUAUUUACCUUAGGAGAUUAGAUGGAACAUGUAUCGACCGCUGGCCACUGAUAUUCAAAGACAUGCGUGCGCGUGGCUACGUCACAUACUACAGCGAAGACGAAGUUUAUAAUGGUGCUAUCACGCAUCGUCUUCAAGGUUUCUGUAAACCGCCUAUCGACCACUAUCUGCUACCAUUGUGGUAUGCUGGUCUAAACAAAAUGACAUCACUGUACAGAAAGGUCGCCGAAUUUGGAACAUAUAUUAAAGGUCACUGCCUAGGCUCUCAAGCUAUCUACAACGUCAGCUUCAAUGCUAUACAAAGCUUCUUUGAAGUUUAUCCCAACACUCCAAAGUUCGGGUUUCAAUUCAAUGCAGAUUUUUGCCAUCAUGAAUCAUUUAAUUUUAUAUCACUUGUCGAAGAUAGGCUGUUAAAUUUUCUCAAACUUAUGAAGGAUAAAAACUAUCUCAAUAAUACUUUGUUGAUUUUAUUCGGAGAUCAUGGACUUCGUUAUGGCUUUGUACGUUCCAGUAUUAUCGGUCGUAUGGAAGAAAGAUUGCCAUUUCUAUCUCUGACUUUCCCGCCUUGGUUCCAGUCAUCUUAUCCGGAACUCUACGCAAACUUACGAAAAAACGCCGAAGUGCUUACGUCACAUUUCGACCUUCACGCGACUCUUCAGCAUCUUUUGACAUAUCCGAAAGAGCCACAGGGUUUGCCUCAUGGGAAAAGUCUAUUGACAAAUAUCGGGUGGAGAACCUGCGAACAGACUGGGAUACCGCUUCAUUAUUGUCCUUGUUUGGACUGGGACCCAGUUAGCGCUGAUCACGAACAUGUGGUAAAGAGCGGGUUCGCUGUCGUCAGCAAGAUAAAUGAAAUGUUAAAGGAAAAUGGACUCACAGAGAAAUGCGCGACGUUGGAAUUGAAAAAAGUGAAAUCAGCUAUUGUUGUGACUUCAAAGAAAGGGGGGUAUGAGAAGAAGAUAGAUUUCCGGGUCCUUCAAGGUAGGAUACAUCGUGUUUCACUUUAAAAUAAUAAUUCGAUCAUAGUUAAUAGAAUAGAUGGUUUGGAAACUUAUUAGAAUAACAACAUAACUCAUUAUCUAUGUUGGUCAACGUUUAUCCAUAAACAUGGUCCUUCACCGCGUUACGUGUGUAUUGUAUUCUUGUCAAAUCCACCAAUUGCAAUUUGCAAUUUACCCUAUUGUUCGAGUCACGGAUAGGUAACUUUCCUAAAACAUUGCUAUUGGUUAGUUGGGCAAAAAUACAAUACGCACGUGACCGACCAGAUUUAUGAAUAAACGUUGACUAACAUAGCAGUGGCGUAACGUUAUAUCAGGGGGCCCCCGGUUCAAAAUUUUCAAAGGCCCUCCCCCCAUAGUAGAAAUGCCGAAUGCACGAGUUGAGCGCCGUAUAUGCACGAGUUUUCCAAAAAAAUUUUGAAUUUAGACUCUCUGAAAUGCCAUUUCCCGGACUUUGGGGAGAGAUUUUACAGAAUUCUGAUGGUCAGAAAACGACAUUGUAACAUAUCAGAGGCCCUGGCCAAUGUAUUUGCUCUAUAGCCUGAGCCUGGGGGCCCCCAUUGGGGUUGGGGGCCCCCGGGUUCUCCCGGUCUGAGCCCAUAGUAGUUACGCCACUGUAACAUAGACAAAAAAAAAACGGGAACCACUGAGUACUUUAAUAAAAUACAAAACAAUAGAUACUCGGAAAAUUGAAAGCAUUUUGAAAAAUUUAUUUCGACGUUUCGACUAAACUAUAGUCAUCAUCAGGAAGUGAAUGCAUUCAUUUCCUGAUGAUGACUAUAGUUUAGUCGAAACGUCGAAAUAAAUUUUUCAAAAUGCUUUCAAUUUUCCGAGUAUCUAUUGUUUUGUAUUUUAUAGAUAAUGAGUUAUAUUGUUAUUCUAAUGGUUUCCAAACCACCUAUUCUAUUAACUAUGAUUCGACUGAACUCUCUCCUCGCUUCCAAAUCAUAGCAACAGAGACUCUCUCGUGAUGUUUUACGUUUUGACGGAAGACAGUUACAGCAAAUUUAACUCUCUCGAUCCCAGUUAGACGUUAGUUGAAAGGUAACAUAGGGAAUAUAUAGUUAAGAAAUUGGGUGUGGUCGUUGAAAAACUCUCCGAACUAUAUCUCCCUUUAAUAACUCUCCGUUUUGAUAGCUAAAAUAAUGACAUCACACCGGCAACUUUGACAGUGAAAAAGUUGAUCACGAUGAGGGUUUUUACUAUAGCUAUUUAUUAUAUGGCAAGUAUUUGUUUUGGUGAAUCGCGCAAUUUGAUUGGCUGCUGACGAGGCAAGAUCUUCCCGCAUUGCAGCUCGUCCAAUCAAAAGAAAGCAUGGAGUUCGCUUCGGGAAGCCAGUAACUGCAGUGUUUACUUUUUACAAGUCUAUUUUUACUCUGAUUUUUACCGUUUGACAUUUGUUAAAAUUGUUUUUGGCCUAAUGCUGAAUGCGCUGUUUGUUGAUUUUUUCAAUUUUUGUUCUGCAAUGUGAUUGGUUAGUGUUCUCUAACUGGCCCCACUUACUGUAGACGCACGUAAUAUAUAUUCUCAUUUCUAACUUUUUUUCCGUAGGCGGCUGCAUGUACCAACUUCAAAUCGAGACGUCGCCCAAUAACGGGUUAUACGAAGCAACAGUUCAAGUAAUCAACGGUGAACCUCGUGUUAGUCUUGAAAUAAGCAGAAUCAAUGAAUACGGCAAUGCAGCACAUUGCAUAAGAAACACACAACCGCUACUUAGGAGAUUUUGUUAUUGUCUAUGAACCAUAAAUUAUUAAUAAUAUUCAAUCAUAUGUACAUGAACUUCCCGUUAAUGCUCGGUAACUUUUGCCUAAGACUGUCGCAUGCAACCUGCUUACAACUUGAGUUGUACUGUGUAAAUCAAGCACACGAUUCACCUACGAGGCGAGUUCCGUGCUUGAUUUUAAGAUUUACACAGUACAACUCAAAUUAUUAGCACGUGGCAUGCAUGCGAUAGUUUCAUCCAAAGUUGUGUGUAGUGUAAAGGCCCAUACAGACCGGACGCGAUUUGGCAACGCGACUUUUCAGUUUUCAGUGACGUUUAACUUUAACCCACACUCGGGGUUAGAGGCGGGGUGAGGGAUUAGCCUUGAUGCAUUAUAAUAGAGGUCACACGAAGUAUAUACCGCUCAGUAAUUAGACCGCUGCAGUGGCUGCACCUCAACCCUGCAGGCCCCUAGGUUUUCAUGCUGGAGGGCCUAAUAAGUUGCAUUUUCCACAACUGCUCGAAACGUUAGC